AGUCUAUGGUACUGUAUUUGUAAAUAAAAAUAAUAUCAAAACCAGUUUUUGACUUUUAUUGUUCUAUUAACUCAUAUCUAUGUAAUAAGACAAAAUAGAGUAUAGUUACAACAGUUUAUAAUAUCGCAAAUUGUACAAUACCUGAUUGGAAGAGGAAGUAUCAUGAUUCUUUUAUCAUUACAGAAAAAAAUUAUCAGACCUUUAACUUUACUUAUACGUAGAACUCACAAUCAAAGUGUUAUUAUUAAUGAAAGUGAUGGAAUUCGAAAUAUUAUUUUACACGAUGAAAAAACGAAAAAUUCCUUAUCACUAAAUAUGAUGAACAAUUUAAUAGAAGCAAUAAAUGCCAAUAAAGAAGAUAUAUCUUUGCGGGCUAUUGUAUUAUCAGCAAAGGGUAAUGUCUUUUCAGCAGGACAUAAUUUAAAAGAGUUACAGGUCAGUGAUGGAAUAGAACAGCACAAAUUGAUUUUUAGAAAAUCAACAGAAUUAAUGCAAUCUAUAAUUCAGAGUCCAGUACCAGUUAUAGCUAAGGUUAAUGGUUUUGCUACAGCUGCUGGAUGUCAAUUGGUUGCCACAUGUGACAUGAUCAUAUGUUCAGACACAAGCAAAUUUUCUACACCGGGGGCCAAUUUCGGAAUAUUUUGUUCGACGCCUGGAAUAGCUAUUGGAAGAUCAGUACCUAAAUCACGUGCUAUGUAUAUGUUACUUACAGGUAAACCUAUUUCAGCUCAAGAAGCUUAUGAUAGUGGCUUGGUGACUAAGGUAGUAUCUGCUGAAAAACUAGAUGAUGAAGUACUGAAUAUAAUUGACCAAAUUAAACAGAAGAGUCGCUCAGUGAUAACAUUGGGAAAACAUUUCUUUUACAAACAAAUUAAACUUGAUUUGUUAGAUGCAUAUAAAUUAGGUGAAGAAGUAAUGGUCAACAACAUUAAUAUGAAUGAUGGCCAAGAAGGUAUCCGAAGUUUUGUUGAAAAACGUAAAGCCCAUUGGAGUCAUAAGUAAAAAGUAAAUAAAUUAUAAUUAUAGUUUUUAAGCUUACAUGCUACUGGGAUAUUAUUAAAACAAGAUAAUUUUGUGCAAACAAAAUAAAACGAGAUUUUAUUU